AUGCGGAUGAUCUUGAAGUCAGUUGCGCCCUCGUUUUGGGAGAUACCGUAGAGGUAGUCCUCUCUUGCGUUGUAGCCCAAGGCGUUGAUGUUGCGGGCUGAGUCUCCGCCCACGUUGUCAGCAAUUUGGGUUCGCUCACCGGUGGCCAGGUUCAGUGAAAAUAGGGUCAGGGACUGAAUGAGGAAUCCGGUCGUGGGGCACGAGAAUGCGGGGCCUUGCGUCGCUGAAGCCACAACUCUGGACGAAGUCGAUGAAGUGCUCGUGCUUCUACUACUCGAGCUGAACGAGCUGCUAGUUGAAGUAGUAGUUCGUGAAGAAGAAGAGGUCGUCGAGCUUGAAGAUGAUGUCGAGGUACUGCUGGCUCUUGAGGAGGACGAUGAGGUCGAUGUGGUGCUUGUCGUGAUUGUCGUUGAGGAAGUGCUGCUUAUCGAGCUAGUUGAGGCCAGCGUAUUUGCCUGGACACUAACGCUGCUUGGAGAAGACGAAGAAGAGCUGCUUGAAGUAGAUGAAGACGUCGAGGAAGAUGACGAUCUCGUCAGUGUGGAGAAUGUGGAAGCGCUCGAUGAAGUCAGCAAGGUGUUGAGCGCAACGCUAGCAGAUGAGCUUGAAGAAGAAGAAGAAGAAGAAGAAGAAGAAGAAGGAGAAGACGACGACGACGAAGUUGCAACUGUGCUUGAGGAAGAGCUGUUCGAGGUCGGUGAGAGUGAUGAUGAGGUUGAGGUCCUAGUGGUUGAUGUUGUAGGGCUGCUUGUAGUCGAGACUAAGCUCUCCGCGUUAACUGUGGCGCUCGAAGAUGAGGUGCUUGAAAGAAUGCUGCUCGAGCUACUGCUACUCGUGGGAAUACUGUUGCUCGUCGUGCUACUACUGCUGCUACUACUGCUGCUUGUUGUGGGAAUCAAAGUUGCGGGGUUGACCGUGACACUAGUAGGCGAACUCGAAGAGGCACUCGAUAUACUGCUAGUAGUAGAACUACUAGUGGUAGAGCUGGUGGUAGAACCGCUAAUAAAGGCACUGCUGGAUGUAGAGAUCAAGCUUGCUUGGUUCGCCGUAGCUGCAGUGGUAGAGCUACUCGGAGAACUACUAAAAGAGCUGCUUGGUGAGCUGCUCACAGACGCCGUGGUAGAUGUCGAGCUUCUGCUUGUUGAGGCACUUGGCGAAGCACUUGUUGUAGAGCUCGUUGUAGACAGCAGGGUGGCUGCGUUGACCGUCGCACUCGAAGAAGUGGAAGAAGAGCUAAGAGCAGAGCUGCUAAAUGAUGGGCUAGUAGUAGUGCCGCUACUCGUGGAUGUCGAGCUCGAAGAGCUAGUAGCAGUGGGAGAUACUGAGCUGGUAGGAGAACUACUGCUUGUAGAUGUGCUGCUAGUGAUGGAUACCAUUGAGGCUGCUUCAACCGUCGGGCUUGAAGAAGACGAAGUGCCAGUCGAAGAGCUGCUCGAGAACCUGCUCGUACUCGUAGAAGUGGUACUGGUGGUGGAGAUUGAACUCGAAGAACUUGCUGCGAUAUUGGGGGACGAACUGGUGGCAGAGCUGCUGCUCGUGGGCGUCCCGCUAGUGGAGGUGGAUAUCAGAGUAGCCGCAUUGACCGUCAGACUGGAUGAAGAAGACGAGAACGAUGUAGUGCUGACAGAAGAGAUACUCGUCGCAAUUGAUGAGGAGCUUGUCGUUGCCCUUGAAGAUGAAGAUGAGAUGGUCGAAAGACUGCUUGUAGAAGCGCUGCUGGUCAUUGAAAGGAGUGUGGCUGCGUUGACUGUUGCGCUGGACGAAGAAGAAGACGUGCUAGACAGAUUACUACUAGCAAUUGCACUGCUGCUAGUAGAGACAACUGUGGCUGAGCUGGUCGACGAGCUGAGAGAGAAUAGAGAGCUGCUUGGGGAGCUGCUCGAUGGUGUGGCUGUUGAACUAAUGCUUGGUGACAGCAACGUAGCUGGAUUGACUGUUGCAGUGGCGGAGGAAGUGCUGCUAGAGAUGGUACUACCGGUAGUGGAGCCUAAAAUAGACGUUGACCUCGACGGCGACGACGAGCUGCUAGUCAUAGUGCUUGAAGACGACCCUAUUGCGCUGCUUGUCGUAGGAAGCAGUGUGCCGGCGUUGGCAGUUGGGCUGGCAGAGGAAAAGCUACUGAACGAGCUACUGCUAGAUGAUGUAACGCUAGUAGUGGAGCUUCCGCUGACUGCAGAGCUAGAAGAAGAAGAAGAAGAACUGCCACUGAAACUGCUCAAAGAAGACGAUAUUGUACUACUACUUGUGGGAAGAAGCGUGGCGGCGUUCGCCGUUGCACUGACUGAAGAUGUACUUGAGAUGAUUGACGAGGAGGUACUGAUUGGCGUUGAGCUGCUUGAAGAGCUGCUCGUCGAAGUGCUAGAAGUUGUAGGUACCAAUGUGGCGGGGUUAACAGACACGCUGGAAGAAGUAGAGCUACUGAAUGAUGAGCUUGGGGACGAUGAGCUGAGACUCGAGAACGAAGUUAAAGAGGACGUCACGGAUAAACUAGUGCUUGAGUCUGACGCUGACGUCGAAGAAACACUUGAGGUCGUCGGCAGCAAGGUGGCCUGGUCAACCGUAAUGCUUGAAGACGUCGACGAACCAGAGGAAGAGAAUGCGGUCGAGCUGGAAUUUGAUCCCGGAGUCGAUGUCGAAGAAGCACUAGUGGUGGUCGGCAGCAAUGUGGCCUGGUCGACUGUGAUACUUGAUGAUGGGGAGCUGCUUGGCGAGGACGUCGACGAUGUGCUUGAAACGCUUGUGGUCGUGGAAGUGCUGGAAGAGCCAACUGAGCUUGAACUAGCUAACUCGGUUGUGCUGGUACUUGAUGGCAACGCGGCAGUCGAUGAUGUCGACAACAAAGUUGCGGGAUUGGCAGCCGGGCUCGAUGAAGCUGAGCUGGCAGAAGAAGAAGAAGAAGAAGAAGAAGAAGAAGAAGAAGAAGAAGAGCUGCUGAGUGAACUGCUGGAGGACCCGCUCACCAGGCUACUUGAGCUGCCGCUGAGGGACUGGCUUAAGGUACUACUCGAUGUCGAUGAAAACUGUAAUGUAGACGUAGAUAAGGACUGUGAUGUAGAAGUUGAUGACAGGGGCUCCGAGCUGGACGAGGCGCUCAUCGAAGAAACACUCGUGAUCGGCAGCAGGCUAUUCGCUUCGAUAGUACUGGAUGGAGUUGAGGACGUGAUACUCAAGGUACCGGGAGAUGUGAUGGAAGUCGACACAGAAGACAAUCCAGUACUACCUUCGGAAGUGCUAUCUGAAGUCGACAGCACCUCCGAAGUUGAGGUCGACGAGAGCGAGUCUGAGCUGUAA